UCUCUCUCUCUCUCUCUCUCGCUUCUGGCAUCCACGUCCGUCUCCUCUCCGAUACACACUGUGUGGAUUGCGUCUGUGGGCGUGUGUGUGUGUCGGUGUUUGGCAGACAGUUCCAGCUGAGCUGUGUGGCAGAGAAUCGAAAAGAAAAUAAUGAAAAGUUCUCUCGGUGUAAGUCCGUCUCUUUCACUAUAAUAUACGGGCGUGUGUGUAUUUGUCAGUUUGUGGCGAUUGCAGCGGCUAUACAGCGGGAAAGACGGAAAGAACUGCGCUUUACGAGCUUUAUCCGCGACUGCUCCGAAAUCCGUGAAGGAGCAGUAGUAUCGGUAGACAUAUGCCCGGGCGACACACCCUUAAACGCUGUCGCCCUCUUUCUCUCUCUCUCUCUCUCUCUCUCUCUCUCUCUCUCUCUUUCUCUCCCGCUAUACGCUGCCAUGCACACAGACACACACCUUGUCUCGCGCUCAUCCGCUCCGAAAAUCCUUUUCCUAAAAAGAAGAACGAGUGCGCUUGUUAUUAUAGCUAAAUAAAAAGACAUUUGUGCGAUGCCGGCACAAGGCAAGAUGACGUACGGAGUCGAGAGCACAAGACGUGUGUGUGUGUGUGUGUGUCUGUGUGUACCGGCUCGCCGUGAAAGUGCGUCGCUCGCUGCUCUCCGUGCGCGCAAGUGCAAACUCGCCGCUAGCGCGCGGAGAGAGGGAGAUCGACCUCAUCUUCGCGGCAGCGUAUCCUUGCCCUCUCUGUCCCCCUCCUAGUCUGUCUCUCUCUCUCUCUCUCUCUCUCUCCGCGAAAUUAAUUUCCUCCCCGCUCGCGCUCCGAAAUCCGAAUCGGAGCGCGAGCGCGGUGCACACUAGCUAGUAUACAACGCGGCGACUCAAGCGAUUUUUCCGAAAAACAGCGGACGACGUGCAGCAGCAGCCGCAAGCUAUAGUGCGCGUCAUCUCCGAGGAGCGCCAAAGCAUCGAGCAGAGCGAUUCCUCGUCGCAUAUCAUUAUCUCCGAGAGAGAAAGAGAGAGAGAGAGAGAGAGAAAGACGGACGGUCGGACGACUCGCAGCUCUUCCUCACUGCGUCUGCGCGCGCUCGCGCGUGUGUGUGUAGUGCUGCUGCUCCUCUCUCUCUCGCUUGCGCGCACAUAUUCGCAUACACGGACGGACAGAGUCACGUAUAAAAGAGAGUUCUGCUCGUCGUCGUCGGCGACGGCGCGGCGCGCACGCUCCCUCUACGCUCGCCAGCAGAAGCAGGAGAGAGAGAGAUAGAGAUAGAGAGAGAGAGAGAGAGACCGUGUGCGAGCGCGCGUGUGUGUAUAUGUGAGCAAGCAAGAGAGAGAGAGGCCGUGUCUCGUGCAGCUCGCUCUCUCUCGGUCUCGCAGGCUGCACAGCUCUCGGCGCGCACGACGUCUGUACGUCUCUCGAGCUCCCUCGCUCGCUCUCUCUCGGGCCGCCGCUACUUGUGCAGUGCGUGUGACACGAGCACGCCGCUAGGAUGUCCGUGAGAAUGGAGAACGUGGCCGCGCCAAGGAAGCUCAACAAUUACAAAAUGAUGGGUCCAAACGCGCCUCGGCCUGCGUACACGGGCGCUAACGGCGGUGCUGCCGGAGGCGGCGGGGGCGGCGGAGGCGGGGGCGGCGGAGCCGGUGCUGGUGGCGGAGUCGGCGUGGGACCGGCCGCGGGCGGCGGCGUCCAAGUCGGCGGUGGCGGCGGCGGCGCAACUAAUCACGGGGGUGGCGGCGGCGGUGGUGGUACCGGUAGCGGCGGCGGCGGCGGAGGCCUGAAGACCGGCGGCGUGGCCGGGGGUCCCCGGGGCGGCAACCCCGUGCAGUACAGAGCUAGCGGAGCGGCCGCGGCGGCGGCUGCGGCCUGGGGAGCGGCGCCGAGUCACGCGGCAGCUGCGGCUGCAGCGGCGGCCGGCUAUCCGCCGUUCACGAGGUACCCGAGUGGGGCGGCGGCCGCAGCGGCCGCCGCGGCGGCGCAGAUGCCCGCGGUCGUCAGUGCCCAGCAGAUACCGCCUAACCCCAACCCCUACAGUGCCACGACCUACGCCCAGCACGCGUCGUAUGGAGGACAACGAGUUCCUACCGCCUCGUCACCGGCGAACACAAACAGUAGUUCUAGCAGUGCCACAGGUAGUCAAAGCGGGACGAUGAGUACUAACCUUAGCAAUAACGCGAUGCAGGGCCAACAGUCGGAGCAGUUGUCGAAAACCAACCUCUACAUACGUGGCCUCAACCAAAACACAACUGACAAGGAUCUUGUUAAUAUGUGUUCUCAGUACGGAACUAUUACUUCGACGAAGGCGAUUCUGGACAAGAAUACAAAUAAAUGUAAAGGUUAUGGCUUUGUAGACUUUGAAUCACCGGUGGCGGCAGAGGGUGCUGUCAAAGCCCUGGUCGCCAAGGGUAUCCAAGCGCAGAUGGCGAAAGUGGGUAUCUGGUUGAUCCGUAGACUGGCCAGUGUACGUUGGUUGUGCAUGCAAAUUGAACAACAGGAGCAGGACCCGACCAAUCUGUAUAUUGCCAACUUGCCGCUGUCCUUCAAAGAGAACGAUGUCGAAGGACUGCUCGCUCAGUACGGCCAAGUCAUCUCCACGCGCAUCCUUCGCGAUACUUCCGGACAAAGUAAAGGCGUUGGAUUUGCAAGGAUGGAGUCCAAAGAAAAAUGCGAACAAAUUAUACAGAUGUUCAACGGUAAAGCGUUACACGGGGGCAAGGAUCCUCUGUUAGUUAAAUUUGCCGACGGCGGCAGCAAAAAGAAGUCUCUCUACAAGAGUACAAUAUGGAGGGAAACGGGUGAUGUGAGUAAUUCGCAGAAUAUGACACUGAACUACGACACGAGCGCAGUCGGCCAAAACGGCGUGGCGACGGCCCACAUGCUGCCGGCGGCAACACUCGCCCAAUACGGCAGACACUACAGCCAAGCGAUGCCCGGAUACAAUGUUCCCGGUGCACCCUGGGUUACGCCAUACCUCGUCCAGACUCCUCCACAUAUGCAACAGGUCGACAUGAUGCCAUCGGCCGAUCCAAGCAACCCACAAUACAGCAUGAUCCCACAGCUUGCGACUCAGAUGUCCACACUACAUCUUGGCACUGGUUCCUACAUAAGUCCACAUCCGUACCCGUUCUCCUACCCGGCACCCAGCAUCAUCCACGCUCCAAUGACCCUGGGCGAUUCCGAGCAGACGAGCAACGCAGCGUCACCGGACGACUCCUAUCAACAGUACCAGGCUCAGCAGCCCAAGUAGGCUACAGAUUUUUAGGUUCAACUACGCGGAGGGUUACACGAGUUAGGCGAGGUACGCUUAUCGAUACGGGGAGUUACAUUAAAAAGAAAAAAAAUACAAAAAAAAACGAAGAAUAGAUGAGAGAAAAAAAGAUUACAUUACGUAAAGUCAGAUAAGAUUCUUCCUCACGAUAAAUUGACUUGCCAGCCAUCUUUUAUACAUUUUAUCCACCAAGAUAAAAUAAGUGAAAGUAGUUGAAUAUUUUGCAACGAGUAGAGAAUGAUUGAGUGUUGAAUUUAAAAAAAAAAUAGGAGAGCGAGCAGGGGCAGAGCGAAACUCGCGGUGUUGAUUAUGUACGACAUGCUAUACACACAAAUGAAAAAAAAAAGAAAAUGAAAAUUCAGAAAAAAAAUAAGAAAAACAGCACGACGGCUCCACAAUACGCCAACACAUCGUAUAGCUGAAUAGCGACAACUGACAUAGGCAACGGGGCAGUCAUAGGCGUCAAGCUGAUAGGCUUCCAGGAUAACUUUAGGUAUUUACUAAGGAAGACGUAAAUAAGUCGUCGGAGCUAAACGCUUGAGAGAGUGUGAAUAAAUAUUUUAACAAACUGGAAACUAUAAAGAAAAAACGCUGCUUAGAAAUAUACAAAGAAAAUGAAAAAUCUUCCCAAAUUUCAAGUUUCAAGAAAAAUCGAAUUUUGACUGGUUGUUGGGGCUAAGUUCUUUACAAGGCUACAUGGACUUUUCAGAAUCUCUUAUUAUCCUAAUUAAGAUACUUGCCUUAAUGUGCGAUUUAUACCUUUUUAUAUUGUUCACUGGCGUCUUUAUUAGAACGAAUUGUAAUGCAGUGCCUUUGUUGACCUUUGAAUCAUUGAAAUGUUUCGUGCUCUUGUCAAUGUAAAAUAAGUGAUUUAAAUAUGUAAUUAAUCAUGACUCAUUACUUCCUUUUCUGUCUAUCUCUAUUACUCUCUCCUCUCGCUCUUCCUCUCCCUUUUUAACAUGCGCAUAUAAUCAUCUAAGUUUAUAUAUCGCCUAAUAUCAUUUUUAUUUACUUGAUAUGUAUAUAUUUUUUUAUUUGAUUUGUACAUGGACGAAAGUUUUUGUAUUCUUUUUACCUUCGCUGUACAGAGGUCAAUUCGUAGGACUGUUUAGCGAAAACUUUUAGAUCAAUAAGAUGCUAGUGAGCAGUUUGUAAAAGACAGAAAGAAGAUUAAUACAAGUUGAUCAUAGCUUUUCUAUCAUAUAGAUGUAUGCGAAAAGUCUUAAAGUGAUGUAAUAAAACGAAUCCUAAUAAUAAUAAUCAAAAUUUGAUUUUUCAUGACACUUGAAGAAGGUCAGGGCAUAAGCCACUAAAAGUGCCCUUAGUUUAUUUUGGAUCGUUUGAAAAAAAGAAAGCUAGUCUUUGUGCGAGAUAAUGUGGAGGUUUAGAUAGGCUCUUCAAAAAAAUGAAGAAUAACGAAACGGGCAGAAAUAACGAAAGUGAAGGAGUGAGUGCAAGAAGAAGAUAGAGUGUACUUGAAAAAACGACCUGCCUAUUUACACGAUACAGACUGCAGACACACUGUUAAAAUUGUAAAAAAAACUGCACAUAUACGCUGCGAGUGCACUUUGUAUCGAAUCAUGUACAGAUCCGUUAGUCUUGGAUACUUACGCAUCAUGGUUCGGUACAUUCAAAGUGACACAGAGAAUCAAACUUCUUAUUAUUAUCAUCGUCGUCCCUUACUUUUUGAUCAAUAAAAGAUCUGUUCUGGGGAUUCGCUUACAAGAAUUUCAAUUCACCUUUACCUAGCCCGUGCAAAUAUGGGUUCAAGGGGACACGAGGCUCAAUUCACUCGCAGAGUAUCCUUUGAGGCAGAUCGAUUGCGAAGAAGACUCUGCGUGCAUUAAGGAUACUGCGAAGUAAAAUAUUUUUAAAAAUUACAGAUUUUUUAUAUUUUUAUGCGAGUUUUUAGAGUUGAUAUAAGUAGAAUUAAACUUUAUUGUAAUGAAUUAUUCUAUUUUAGAAAAAUUAAAAAUAUUUUUAAAAAAUCCCAGCAUGACGAUGAUCGAUGUAAUUGUGUAUCAAGAGGUGUAUAUUAAAUUUUCAAUUCGUCGAAAAGAAUUUUUAUGAUUUAUAUCAUAGUACGGUAUCCUUAAUGAAGUACAACAGAUUUUGUUCGAAAACCAGGAUAUGUACAAGCACGUCUUGUCCGACGAAAUGCUCCCGUCGAAGAAAACUCAACUCUAGGAAUAAUAAUUAAUGAAGAAAUAGGAAAAAAUCGAGAUAGUGAAAGAAAGAAAAUUGAUUAAGAAAAUUAAUGAGCCUUCGGCCGAAGCGUGCGUGAGACAAGACGGUCUAGAAACGAUUCAGUAUUAAAUAAGAAACGUCCCGCAUGAACAUUAGACGUCACAUUCCCCCACAUUAUCCUGAAGCAGCGCGAUGCAUUUACGGUGUCCACCUAAAGUAAUGAUUUAGAUUAAAGGAAAAAAAACAAGACUGGGAAGUAGCGUGUUACGUACGAGUCAGUAGGCAAACCAUUUGAAAUUCGAGGAUUUUCUUAGCGCCCUUAGAGUGUAAAAUGUGAUAUUUUUCACGAGAGAAAAAGAGAGCGAGAGCGAGCGAAAGAGAAUGAGAGAAAGAGAGAGUACGAGAGAGAAAGAAAGAAAUCAUUGUGGUCGGUCGAUGAGCAAAUGGACGUAGGCGAGUUUUUUCUCCCACAGAAAAAGCUUUGGCGUUGUAUCGUUUAGUCUAUCUGUUCAUCAAUUAAAACAAGUGCUGCUGUUAUAGCGCUGUAGAGCGAAAAAGGAGGAAUAAAAAAAUCGGCACGGUGCAAUGGAAUUCAUCGGAUGGUUUAUAGAAAUAAAGACGAUACUUUUGUGUCAAGGCUA